UCCAACCUGUGGAAUCUUGGGGGUACCCAAGGUCGGCUUCUUCGCAUUGACUGUGGAUGGUACCUGGCACAGAGCCUCUGGUGGCUCGUGGGGAGCUUGGGGAUCCGCAGGGUGAGGGCGGAGGGGAGUGUCAGUGUCAGAGUGUGAGUGGGGUACGGGAGUUCCAAACUUAGUCUUGAGGCCCUCGGGUCUCCAGUGCCGGGGAAGGGAGCUCGGGCCGCCAUGCGCGACAGGACCCACGAACUGAGGCAGGGGGAUGACAGUUCGGACGAUGAGGACAAGGAGCGGGUCGCGCUGGUGGUACACCCGGGCACCGCACGGCUGGGGAGCCCGGACGAUGAGUUCUUCCAAAAGGUCCGGACAAUUCGACAGACUAUUGUCAAGCUGGAGAAUAAAGUCCGAGAGUUGGAGAAGCAGCAGGUCACCAUCCUGGCCACGCCCCUUCCCGAGGAGAGUAUGAAGCAGGACCUGCAGAACCUGCGUGAUGAGAUCAAACAGCUGGGGAGGGAGAUCCGAGCGCAGCUGAAGGCCAUAGAGCCCCAAAAGGAGGAAGCUGAUGAGAAUUAUAACUCAGUCAACACAAGGAUGAAAAAAACCCAGCAUGGGGUCCUGUCCCAGCAAUUCGUGGAGCUCAUCAACAAGUGCAACUUGAUGCAGUCGGAAUAUCGGGAGAAGAAUGUGGAGCGGAUUCGGAGGCAGCUGAAGAUCACAAAUGCUGGAAUGGUGUCUGACGAAGAGCUGGAGCAGAUGCUGGACAGUGGGCAGAGUGAGGUGUUUGUAUCCAAUAUACUGAAGGACACACAAGUGACUCGACAGGCCCUAAAUGAGAUCUCAGCCCGGCACAGUGAGAUCCAGCAGCUUGAACGCAGUAUCCGUGAACUUCAUGAGAUCUUCACUUUUCUGGCUACUGAAGUGGAGGUGCAGGGGGAGAUGAUCAACCGGAUUGAGAAGAACAUCCUGAGCUCAGCAGACUAUGUGGAACGGGGGCAGGAGCAUGUCAAGAUGGCCCUGGAGAACCAGAAGAAGGCACGGAAGAAAAAAGUUUUGAUCGCCAUCUGUCUGUCUGUCACUGUCCUCAUUGUGGCAGUGAUCAUUGGUGUCUCCAUAUUGGUUUGAGAACAUCGCACGUUCUUGGCACUAAGAGCACCAGGGACCCAGGUCUGCCUUCUCUCCCAGCAGCUGAGGGGGGAGGGCAGGACAGAGCCUCCAGCUGGACCCCCUUCCUCACAUUGGCCCUGUGCAGAGAGCAGACAGUUCUUCUGGGGUUGGCAGCCACUCAUUCAUGGGGGCUUCCCCACUCAAACUGCAAUGCCUGGGAGAGGGCCUGCAGUGUCCUCUUUGGCUGGAACACAUGGUUUUGUAAGAAAUUAAAAAAAAAAAAAAGAGCUUGGAGACUCCCCUGUGCAUGUGUGUUCCUGGAAGGGCUGUCCCAGGACCUCCAGGUAUCCAGCCUCCCCUUUUCCUGGCCAUCCUUGGGGCUAGACCCAGCCCAGGCAGACUCAGAUCAGACUGUUCCAGGUGCUAUGACCACAGCAAGCUGGUACUGCCCUCCUACUAUCCCAUAGGAACAGGUGGGGCAGGGAGGGGGUAACACCCACAUCUGGCUCAGUAUUGUUCCUGGGGAAAGACUACUGUGAGUACCUAAUGCCAAAGCAGUGAAGCUGGGCCAGGCCACGCUGGGAUACAGGUGAGAUUGUGGGGCAUCGGUGGGCAUUCCUGAGGUUAAGAAGAAGCACUGUGAGUAAGCACCGUGUAUCUGAGCUGUUGCUUCACAUACAGUGAACAGGGAAAGGCUUGUCUCAGAAGGAGCGGCAUUUGAGUGGAACAUUAAAUGAGGAGGAGCCAGUUACAGGAAGAAGCAGGGGAAAGGUUGCCAGGCAGAAGGAGCAGCCCUGUGCCCAGAAAAAAGCAUAGGCUUUGACAUAGGAGUUCAGCUUAGAGAGCCAGUGACUCUAGAUCAGCACACUUGGUUUCUAUGUGGUUAUGUGGCUAAAGCAGUAGAAGAGACAGAAGAGCCUGACACCUGGUUUCUAUGAGGCACCUAAACUCCAGGACCCAGCUAAAUUUCUAAGAGUUCCGAAUCCCAAGCCUAGUUUCCGGAGCUGGGCAUGGCACCCGUCCUCAGACACCUAGUUUCGUGGGUAAGCUGGCUUCUGGCUCUGAAGCCUGGUUGGAAUGGGGCGGUGCCUGUCCCCAACCAAGGUCUGGGGGGUGGGUUCCAGCCGCCCUGU